AUGAAGGGGUGUCCAGUGGAUGUGACUUUAGACCCAGAUACAGCACAUCCCCAGCUCAUCCUGUCUGAAGACAGGAAACAAGUGAGAUGUGGAAACGGAAAUCAGAAGUCCCCUGGCAACCCAGAGAGGUUUGAUGAAGUUCACUAUGUCCUGGGAAAGGAAGGUUUCUCCUCAGGGAGAUUCUACUAUGAGGUUCAGGUGGAGGGGAAGACUGGGUGGACUUUAGGAGUGGUCAGCAAGUCCAUCAAAAGGAAGGAGAAGAUUCACCUGAAACCUGACAAUGGAUGCUGGGUUGUGUGGCUGAGGGAUGGAGAGUACAAGGCUCUCACUGGGCCCUCUGUCCCCAUCUCCCGGAGUGAACCCCAGAAGGUGGGUGUGUUUGUGGAUUAUGAGGAGGGUCUGGUCUCCUUCUAUAAUGUGGAGGCCAGGUCUCAUAUCUACUCUUUCCCUGGCUGCACCUUCACUGAGAAACUCUAUCCAUUAUUUUAUUCUGGUACUAUGGCCCCACUGGUCAUCACUCCUGUAGAUGUCCCUGACUGACUGUUUUAUACC